AUGCCCUUGAGCAAGCAAAUUGGUAAGCUUAUUUCGAUCAGAAAGAUGUCAUCUGGUGUUAAACAUUACGAUUAUCUGGUAAUUGGCGGAGGCUCUGGCGGGGUUGCUUCAAGCAGAAGAGCAGCUUCUUAUGGCGCCAAGACGCUGCUAAUCGAAGCAAAAGCCAUGGGUGGAACCUGUGUGAAUGUGGGGUGUGUGCCCAAAAAAGUUAUGUGGUACGCCUCAGACCUAGCUACUCGCUUAGCUCACGCCAAUGAAUACGGUCUCUUCCAGGAGGCUGAUUUGGGUCGUGAAAAAUUGACGUUUAACUGGCCUCAAUUCAAGGAGAAAAGAGAUGCCUAUAUUCAGCGCUUAAAUGGAAUCUACGAACGCAACUUGGCCAAAGAGGGUGUUGAUUUUUUGUACGGAUGGGCCAAGUUCAACUCAGAAGGUCAGGUGGAAGUCACCAAGCAUGACAGCACUAAAGAAGUCUUCACUGCUGACCACAUCUUAAUUGCUACAGGUGGUACUCCAAUCAAACCCGAUGGCAUUGAGGGCCACGAAUUGGGCAUUGAUUCCGACGACUUCUUCAAACUGGAUAAGCAGCCCAAGAAAGUUUUGGUGUCUGGAGCAGGCUACAUUGGAGUUGAACUAGCCGGUGUUUUCCAUGGUCUGGGCACGGAAACGCAUAUGGUUAUUAGAGGAGAAACUCUGCUGCGUAAGUUUGAUGAAUCCAUCCAGAACACCAUCACAGACCACUACAUCAAGGAAGGUAUUCGCAUUCACAAGACUGCUAAGGUCGACAAAAUUGUGAAAGAUGAAAGCACCGGUAAAUUGAACGUUCAUUUAGACAAUGGCGAUUCGCUCAAGGAAGUUGACAGCUUGUUGUGGACUAUCGGCCGUAAAACGCUAAGUGGCAUUGGUUGUGACAAGGUGGGCGUUGAGAUCAACGACAAGGGACAAGUUAUUGUGGAUGAAUACCAAAAUACCACCGCACCUAACAUUUACUCUUUAGGUGAUGUUGUUGGUAAGGUCGAAUUGACCCCUGUGGCUAUCGCCGCCGGGAGGAAGUUGUCCAACAGACUAUUUGGUCCCAAAGAGUUUGCCAAUCAGAAGCAAGAUUACGAAAAUGUCCCAAGUGUUGUCUUUUCCCAUCCAGAAGCUGGUACCAUUGGCUUGACAGAACAGGAGGCCGUGGAGAAGUAUGGUAAGGAGAACAUCAAGAUUUACAAUAGCAAAUUCACCGCCAUGUACUAUGCUAUGUUAGAACACAAGUCUCCAACCACUUACAAACUAAUUUGCGCCGGCGAAAAUGAAAAGGUUGUAGGAUUGCACAUUAUUGGCGACUCCUCCGCAGAAAUUUUACAAGGGUUUGGAGUUGCGGUGAAGAUGGGUGCUACGAAGGCUGAUUUUGAUUCUUGUGUUGCCAUUCACCCAACUAGUGCCGAAGAGCUGGUAACGUUAAGAUAA